AUGGCGUCCGAUGGUGGCAGCUCCACAUUGCAGCUACCCUGCGUUUUCUCACCUAAAUCACGGCAAUACUUAGCUCUAUGUGCCCAGGAUGGCAGACUUCGCGUUUGGAACACAGACAACAAAACACUUCAGCAGGAAUACGUGCCUUCAGCCCAUUUGAGUGCCACUUGUACGUGUAUAUCGUGGGGACCAUGCCGGACUGCCAAGGAGGGACCUCAGAGGAAGAAGAGGAAAUCAGAAGCUGUGCAGGUGGAGGAGAGGGCAGACCUGUUGGCCAUGGGCACAGCAGCAGGCACAGUCCUAAUCUACUCUACUGUCAAAGGGGCCUUGCACUGUACUCUGGAUGGAGGGCAUACAGCAGGAGUCAACUGUGUCCAAUGGCAUCCAGAAGACAGUUUAUUAUACAGCGGUUCAGAUGAUACCAAAAUCACAGAAUGGGAUUUGCAAACGGGCCAAACAAGAAGUGCGUGGAAGGCAGAUCGUGCAGCCAUCACCAGUUUGUGUGUGAGUCCGAACGGUAAACUUCUGCUUUCUGCUGGAUAUGUCAUCAAAAUGUGGGACCUGGAAACCAAGGAGAUCUACAGGAAAUUCACAGGACACUCCACAGCUGUGACGACUCUGUGCUUCGCCACGACUCGGCCCCCUGAUGGGAACGGCCUCUAUUUUCUGUCUGGUGCAGCACAUGAUCGAUUACUCAGUGUGUGGCAAGUGAGGGAUGAUGGAAAGGACAAAAAUUCAGUUGUGUCAUUCACUCUGACUGAUGAACCACAACAUGUCAGCCUUAUCCCAUCCAAUAGCAAGGAAGAGGCGGUGAGGCUGGCGGUGGUGUGUAAAGAUGGGCAGUUGCAUCUGUUUGAGCACUUUUUAAAUGGGCCGUGUAAGAAGCCCCUGUCGCCAUCUUGUACGGUGCAGUUGUCGGACACCAAGGACACCCCUGCACCCAUCCCUCUGCUGGCUGCUGCGCUGGGGCCGGAGUCUCGAGGUGUGACCCUGGCUUAUGGCAACCACCUGCAGCCCGUCAUGGAGAGAGUGGAGCUGGACACCACAGAGCGACAGAUCUGUUUACCCAGAGACAUCCACAGCAGCCUCUCCUUAUCGAUGGAGACCAAUGUGUCCAAGGUGAAAACUCCUGUGGUCAAUGCAAAGAGCAAAGUGUUGGUUCCUGGUCUUCCCGGACACCACGCACCCAAAGCCUCUUCUCAGGUCUCAGAAAAGAGGAAAAAGGGAACGGACAUCAAAGAGAUGUCCAUAGCAGAGCGACUUGGGGAGAUCGACCUGGAUAAAGCUUCCUCUGAGACUGGUGUUUCCAAGAUGGCCGCCUCUUUACAGACCGAUAACUUGGCGGUGUUGCUGGUCCAAGGCCUGGAGAGCCACGACGCCAACAUCCUCAACAACGUUUUCCAGACACGUAAAGAUAUGGCCAUUAAAAAAACCGUUGCUCGGAUACCGCUGUCGACAGUGUUGCCUCUGGUUCAAGAGAUUACAAUACGACUCCAGGGACAUCCAGUUUCGGCGAGGCUGAUGGUUCCCUGGUUAAAAGCCGUUCUUAUGCACCACACUUCAUACCUUGCAUCGCUGCCCGACCUGGUGACGCAGCUCGGAGUGCUUUAUCACAUGAUCGAGAACAGAGUCAAGUUGUUCCACAAACUAGCCAGACUACACGGGAAGCUGUACCUCCUGACCACGCAGAUGGCAGCAAACCCCAACAGCUCUCCCGCCACAGACGUAGACCACACGGCUAAACUAGUUUAUGAAGAGGAAUCCUCCGACGAGGAGGCGACAGACGACGAAGCUCUUCCUGAUGCAGAAUCAGACCACUGGGAUGAGGAUGAGGAGGAGAUGGAGGAUGAAGAGGCAGAGGAGAACCCAGACAGCAGAAGAGCGUCCAAAACAAACGGAGAUGAAAUGGAGCGUGGGAAUGAAAUAUCAAAGGGUUUUACAGAAUCAAGUUGUACCGACUCCGCACAACCCCCGCCCCGCGCAGAGGUCGCCGCCGGGACCGGGACGAGACCAGGAAACGGCCACAGCUUUACAGACUUUCUACUCUCCCAGACUCGCAUCAUGUUCAGAUCAGUGUAA